AUGGAGAAUUACCAAGUCGGCGUAGAUUACCUCUCCGCUGGUGCCAAUAGGCACACUGCUGUAGCAGAUUGGAACGAAGAUGGGAUUGUGGCUUACGGAGCUGACUCAUAUAUCGCUCUCUGGCGACCCCAUGAUUCGCAACCAAGAGGUGUGACCAACCUCAUCUCCGGACAUAGUGGUGCCGUUAAGGCUGUCAGCUUUCUCCCCAAACUUGACGGGGAGUCUAAAACUUAUUUGCUCAGUGGUGCCGAUGACCAGAGCCUGAAAGUCUGGGAACUCUCAUCCGAUGGCUCUGGUAUCACUACCGCAUCUUGCAUCCAGACCGCGCAGGGCCACACGGCUGCAAUUAAUUUUAUAGCAGCUUGUCAUGAAGGAGCAUUAGCAACUUCGACGUCGAGGAUAUUUGCUACGGGAGCAGCAGAUGCCUCGAUAAAAGUCUGGGCUCUGGAAGAAGGGAAUGUUCGCUUGCUACAAACGAUUAAGACUACUCCGAAAUUCUUCCCUCUUUCAAUAGCUCUAAGUACGCUUAGACGGGACGGUGAGGCUUUAGUCCUAGCCGUAGCGGGAACUAGAGACAUCGUCCAAAUCUUUGUGGCAAGUUCUAGAAAUAACCCCGAGUUCCAGCUUCAGGCGACCUUGUCAGGCCAUGAGGGUUGGAUUCGGUCAUUAGACUUUACAUGGGAGGGAACUAGUCCCGAUAGCGAUCUGAUAUUAGCAUCGGCGAGCCAGGAUAAGUAUAUUCGCCUCUGGCGGUUUCAUCAGGGUAAAGAGUUGCCCACUGCAACUGCAAAUGGAGCUGAUCCGUCUAUGGGCGCAUUCAUGCCGGGCAGGUCUCCUUCAAACAAGGCCCAUAGACUGAAAACCGUAGAAAAGGACUAUUCUAUUACGUUCGAAGCUCUAUUACUAGGGCACGAUGAUUGGAUUUAUAGUGCUAGAUGGUACUCGGAUCCAUCUACCGGAAAACUCCAACUCCUUUCUACGUCCGCAGAUAAUACACUGGCUAUAUGGGAGGCGGACCCUUCAUCGGGGAUCUGGGUUACAACUGUACGACUCGGUGAGAUCAGCAGGGAGCAGGGUGCCACUACAGCAACGGGAAGCACAGGUGGUUUCUGGACGGGACUUUGGUCACCGGAUGGAACUUCGGUCGUGUGCCUCGGGAGGACCGGUAGUUGGAGGUUGUGGGACUAUAAUAAGGAGCGAGAUCAAUGGAUCCCACACAUCGGUAUCACUGGCCACACAAGAGCCGUCACCGGCAUAGCAUGGUCAAAGAAUGGUGACUAUUUACUUUCUACGAGUGCAGACCAGACGACACGGUUACACGCGAGCUGGAACAGCGGACCUGGUAAAAAGACGUGGCAUGAGAUGGCGAGGCCGCAAAUCCACGGCUAUGAUCUCAACUGUAUCGACUCGCUUGGGAAUUCCAAGUUCGUCUCCGGCGCCGACGAGAAGCUGAUGCGUGUAUUCGACGAGCCAAAGGCGGUGGCAAAGCUACUAAGUAGGUUGUGUGACAUCGGCAAUGAAGACGUCGAGACUAUGCCCGACGCUGCCAACAUGCCGGUCCUCGGCCUCUCAAACAAGGCAAUCGAAGCUGUCGACGACGAUCUCGAAGUCCAAGCAGCCAAUCCCGAGGCGGACCGAGACGCCUUAGAUCCGGGGUCCACGGUCCGCAAAUCCGUAUUGGAUAUCGACCACCCGCCAUUCGAGGAUAGCCUCUCUCGGCACACCCUCUGGCCUGAAAUCGAAAAGCUCUACGGACACGGCUACGAGAUUUCGUGCCUGGCUGUAAGUCACGAUGGAACUUUGAUUGCUAGCGCAUGCAAAGCGAGCUCAAUCAACCAUGCCGUCAUCCGUUUAUUCGAGACGGAGAAGUGGACUGAAGUGAAACCACCAUUGACAGCCCAUUCCCUAACUACGACGCGACUACGAUUCUCUCCCGACGACAGGUACUUACUCAGCGUUGGGCGAGACAGGCAAUGGGCGGUUUUCGAGAGGGACAAUGAUAAUAAGCAGAGCUAUAAGAUGCUGCAGUCCAACCCCAAGGGACAUUCGAGGAUGAUCUUGGAUGCAGCAUGGGCUCCCUGGACCAAUCUAUUUGUGUUCGCUACAGCGGGUCGAGACAAGCAGGUGAAGAUAUGGCGACAAGCAUCGCCCGACUCCGCGGACUCGGGCAUCACCUGCGUAACUACUAUACCAGAAACUCAUCCGGUCACGGCUAUCGACUUUCUACAUGGUAACACAGAGAAUAACACCUUUCUCCUGGCCGUGGGCACAGAGAUUGGAAAUGUUUCGAUAUAUUCAAUCGAUGCGACGUCUCUUGGUGUAUCUUCAAAGUUGAGUUUAAAGCCAGAGUAA